GCUCCUUUCCAAAUGUAUGUAUUCGAAGACUCGCAAGAAAAUCCCCGACUUAUGCCACUCAUCCUCUUGAUUUAUGACCAUCGCAUACCACCGCCAGCUUGCUAAAAGUCAAAUACCUCUAGGGCGAAUCACACCACCACACUCCACGCACAAUAUAAGACCAGUUGCUCAUUGAUUUUCAACACUCUGGCUUUACACUAACCCAAAAUUUAAAGCUGCCGCCUACGUCAAACUGGAUAGUACCGCAUUGGAGCAAAAGGAAAGCUCUUUCCGCUAUGCCAUGAUUUAAUAUAGGUUCGGAUGGGAAUGUGGGCGCUCCGUCUGGAUCGACACAGAGCUCCCAAGUUGGCAUUCACCUCUUCAUGACAUCAUAUCUGGACUCCAACCUCGCUCUGGCUACGUUUUAAAACACAUCCGUCUCCUUCUUACCUCGAAUAACAACCAUAUCUCUCCAGACACCCUUAUUCCUUCAUAAUGCCUUACGCUCCUGGUGACGCCUCUAAAGGUGCUAGCAUUUUCAAAACGCGGUGUGCCCAGUGCCAUAACAUAGAAGAAAGCCAGGGAAAUAAAAUAGGACCCAAUUUGCAUGGUCUCUUCGGUCGCAAGACAGGUCAAGUCCCAGAUUUUUCAUACACCUCGGCCAAUAAGGAGAAGGGUAUUACAUGGAACGAGGAAACUCUUUUUGAAUAUCUUGAGAAACCUUCUAAAUAUAUCCCAGGAACCAAGAUGGCUUUUGCAGGAUUGAAGAAAGAAAAGGACAGAAACAAUCUCAUCACCUACUUAAAGGAAGCGACUGCAUGAGCGUUGAUGAUAUUGACUCUUACCCACGUGUGGCACUACUAUAGAAUACAACCGCAUGUUUUACUCGAUGGCUUUGUUGUUUUCCGUCGUAUAAUAGAUUUUUAAUUCAGAGAUGUGACUGCCACCGA